AUGAGUACAGAUGAUGAAAAAAGAACCGAAAGAUCAGAAUCAAAAAACGAAUCCGAUUGCGGCAAAGUGGAGAUAGAGCCCGCCGCUUAUGUCAUCGUACUGUCCGCCACAACGAAGCGCAUGGAACUCAGUCGAUUGAGAGCCUUGGUGCCUGGGGCAAGGACUGAUAGUUGCUACAGUAGAUAUGGUUACCAAGGUCCUUACAAUAACAGAGUCAGCUGA